AUGGCUGCUGUGCUCUUUGGCUUUGAGGAUCUGCUCUACAGCUGGGACAGCUUGGUGUGGAGCCUGACGUCCCGGGCUCUGAGGACUUGCCGCUUUGGAAACCUGAGGGUCCUGCAGCUCAUGCUGAAGCCAUGGUGCAUUUCCAGAGCCGUUUAUCAGAUGACGGAGGGCCGCAGAUGCCAAGUGCACCUCCUGGACGACAGAAAGCUGGAGCUCCUCGUUCAGCCAAAGCUUUUGGCCAAGGAGCUGCUCGACUUGGUGGCAUCUCAUUUCAACCUGAAGGAGAAGGAGUACUUUGGAAUUGCAUUCACAGAUGAAACGGGACACCUGAACUGGCUUCAGCUGGACCGCCGGGUGCUGGAACACGACUUCCCCAAAAAGUCAGGACCGGUUGUUUUGUACUUUUGUGUCAGGUUCUACAUUGAAAGCAUCUCCUAUCUCAAGGACAAUGCCACCAUCGAGCUGUUUUUCUUGAACGCCAAGUCCUGCAUCUACAAGGAACUAAUUGAGGUUGACAGUGAAGUGGUGUUUGAACUGGCUGCAUACAUCUUGCAGGAGGCAAAGGGGGAUUUUUCAAGCAAUGAAGUUGUAAGGAAUGAAUUAAAGAAGCUGCCAGCCCUUCCAACACCAGCACUGAAGGAGCAUCCUUCCCUCGCUUACUGCGAGGAUCGAGUCAUUGAACAUUACAAGAAGCUAAAUGGUCAGACAAGAGGUCAAGCAAUUGUAAAUUACAUGAGCAUUGUAGAAUCCCUCCCAACAUACGGAGUGCAUUAUUACGCAGUGAAGGACAAGCAGGGAAUUCCUUGGUGGUUAGGACUUAGCUACAAGGGGAUUUUUCAAUAUGACUACCAUGACAAAGUGAAACCAAGAAAGGUAAGUGUUUACUUUUAUAUCAAGGUCUGGGCUUGCCACGCAUAUGACCCACAGAGGGCAUCUGUGACCAGGAGGACUUUUGGGCAUAGUGGCAUCGCCGUGCAUACGUGGUACGCCUGUCCAGCACUAAUAAAGUCUAUCUGGGCUAUGGCCAUUAGUCAACAUCAGUUCUACCUGGACAGAAAGCAAAGCAAGUCCAAGAUUCAUGCUGCAAGAAGCCUGAGUGAGAUUGCGAUUGACCUGACCGAAACUGGAACGCUCAAGACCUCAAAGCUGGCCAACAUGGGGAGUAAAGGCAAAAUUAUCAGUGGCAGCAGUGGGAGUCUUCUGUCAUCAGGUUCCCAAGAGUCAGAUAGUUCUCAGUCUGCCAAGAAAGACAUGCUGGCUGCACUGAAAUCCAGGCAAGAAGCUUUGGAAGAGACACUGCGCCAGCGCUUGGAAGAGCUAAAGAAACUGUGUCUCCGAGAAGCGGAGCUCACAGGAAAGCUGCCACGAGAAUACCCUCUAGAUCCUGGGGAGGAGCCACCUAUCGUAAGGAGGAGAAUAGGAACUGCCUUCAAACUGGAUGAGCAGAAAAUCCUGCCGAAGGGAGAGGAGGCAGAGCUGGAGCGCCUGGAGAGGGAGUUUGCCAUUCAGUCCCAGAUCACAGAGGCUGCCCGGCGCCUGGCGAGUGACCCGAACGUCAGCAAAAAGCUGAAGAAACAGAGGAAGACGUCCUACCUGAACGCACUGAAGAAACUGCAGGAGAUCGAAAACGCCAUCAAUGAGUAUCGCAUCAAAUCUGGAAAGAAGCCAACCCAGAGAGCCUCCCUGAUCAUCGACGAAGGAAACAUUGCCAGUGAAGACAGCUCCCUCUCAGAUGCCCUUGUUCUCGAGGAUGAGGAUUCUCAGGUCACCAGCACAAUAUCCCCCCUCCAGUCCCCACACAAAGGACUCCCUCCCCGGCCACCCUUGCACAACAGGCCUCCUCCUCCGCAGUCGCUGGAAGGCCUCCGCCAGAUGCAUUACCACCGCAAUGACUAUGACAAGUCCCCCAUCAAACCCAAGAUGUGGAGUGAGUCAUCCCUGGAUGAACCCUAUGAGAAGGUCAAAAAACGCUCCUCACACAGUCAUUCCAGCAGUCACAAGCGGUUCCCCAGCACCGGGAGCUGUGCCGAGGCGGGAGGGAGCAGCUCACUGCAGAACAGCCCCAUCCGGAGCCUUCCGCACUGGAACUCCCAGUCCAGCAUGCCAUCGACGCCGGAUCUACGGGUACGCAGUCCGCACUACGUCCACUCCACGCGGUCAGUAGACAUCAGCCCAACCAGACUGCACAGCUUAGCUCAGCACUUUAGACACCGGAGCUCCAGUUUGGAGUCGCAAGGCAAGCUCCUCGGCUCAGAAAAUGAGACAGGGAGCCCCGAUUUCUACACCCCAAGGACUCGUAGCAGUAACGGCUCUGACCCCAUGGACGACUGCUCUUCCUGCACCAGCCAUUCCAGCUCUGAGCACUACUACCCUGCUCAGAUGAACCCCAACUACUCCACCCUGGCAGAGGAUUCCCCGUCGAAAGCCAGAGAGCGACAGAGGCAAAGGCACAAAUCGGCGGGCAACCUGGUCUCUUCCAAUUCAGGGAGCAUGCCCAACCUGGCUGCGAGGAACGGGACGGGGCAUCACCGCGUCUACCUGCACAGCCAGAGCCAGCCCUCCUCCCAGUACAGGAUCAAAGAGUAUCCCCUGUACAUCGAGGGCAGCUCCACACCCGUGGUGGUGCGGAGCCUGGAGAACGACCAGGAGGGACACUACAGCGUGAAAGCACAAUUCAAAACCUCCAACUCCUACACAGCAGGGGGGAUGUUUAAGGAGAACUGGCACGGGGAUGAAGUGGACUCCGUCAGGCUCACCCCCUCCCGCUCCCAAAUCAUAAGGACUCCAUCUCUGGGCAGGGAGGGCCAUGAGAAAGGCUCGGGUAGGACUGCUGUGUCGGACGAGCUGCGGCUCUGGUACCAGCGGUCCACGGCCUCCCACAAGGAGCACAGCCGCCUCUCGCACACGAGCUCCACUUCCUCGGACAGCAGCUCCCAGUACAGCACAUCUUCGCAAAGCACCUUUGUGGCGCACAGCCGGGUCACGAGAAUGCCUCAGAUGUGCAAAGCAACGUCAGCUGCCUUACCUCACAGCCAGAGGAGUUCAACGCCAUCGAGCGAGCUAGCAGCCACGCCGCCGGGCAGCCCCCACCACAUUCUCGCAUGGCAGACUGGAGAAGCAACAGACAACUCACCCACUAUGGAUGAGUCUCAGUCUCCAACCCACCAAAGUACUGAUGAAUAGAGGAGCUACAACGAUAGCUGUUUCCUGGAUUCUCCCCUCUAUCCAGAAUUAGCAGAUGUCCAGUGGUAUGGGCAAGAAAAAGCCAAGCCUGGGACUCUAGUGUGAACCCCUGACCUCAAGUUAAUCACAUCAAUGCCAUUCUGAGAUCACCUCACUGCCUCUCAUUUGCCUUACCCAGAUGCACUGUCACCCAGCACCAGCUUCAACUCUAAGCACUUUUCUCACGAUGCAAUUCCAGACGACAGAACAUUGGCCCUGAGACAUCCACCGCGACAGCGAGGGACCACGGCACCUCCGACCGGUGCGCGGCCCUCCCGCAGGCGAGCAGCCCUCUCAACAGUCAGCAGUUUAAAAUUGAUUUUCCUUCAAAACGAUGGAAGCCUUUCAAGGCUUACGUCAGACCUUCCUGUUCUGCGGCAGGUGACGGCAGUGAGAUUUCCAUGACCUGCGAUCUGAAGCCAACAGAGCAUUAGUU